UUAUACUUUGGGGGAGGGUAUCCCUUUUAACCUGCUCAUAUUUAUAAGUUCUUCCUCCAAAUGUCCUAAUUAGCAUCACCAAAGCUAAGGGCCUUCCUGCUGGUGAUUUUAGAGAACUGAGAUUAAGCUGAGUUUGAAUUAACCCUUGAAUUAACCCCAUGAGGGUGUCAUCAGUGUUUCCCUAUUACUGUGUUAAUCAAGGUUUUCUUUGAGCUACAGAGAUAUCAUGAGCAACAGUAGCAAAGGCAUUUUCUCGGGUUCUAGUGCACCUUCUCCUUUUACAGGUGUGGAGUUCAUCAGAUGGCAUGGUGCUAUCCUCCUCACACCAUUCAGUGGGCUUGUAAACUGGAAUCAGUCUUAACUCAGAGCACUGUUUAUAAUGGGGGCAGUCCUUGAGAUGUACAACCAUUGGUCAUGCGGUUCUACCUAGCCUAGUGUCAAUCACACGGUUCAUGCUGGAAUCCAGAAACAAAGUGGAUUCUGACACAGAAGAUAGGUUUGUGUGAGACACAUGACCAGAGCCAAUUAAAGGCUAUACCCAUCCUUUUGUUUCUAAAUGCCAAUUAUGGAAGCCUCUGAGUGGGAUGGAGGUGCAGGUUCCCCUCAUGGGGUCUGGCUUGCUUGGCUGAAAAUCUUGGUCACACGAGGGAGGUCAUGUUGAGGCUUUCUCCUUAUUUUUCCAAGAUAUGUCCCAGAAAGUUAAGGAGGAAAUGGAGUUUGAAAGCUGUCAACAAUCCAACUUCAAAAAUGGUGCCAGACUCUCUAGUACACAUGAGUUAUGGGGGAAAUGUCGGAAUGAAAAGAAGGAAAAUGCAUACCAAGUUAUCAGUUGGCUUGUACCUGAGAAUCAUGAAAAAGAAUUAAAGAAACAGUUUGAUUUCUAUAUUGAAGAAGCUUUGCAUGGCAGGGAAGCAUUUGGCACCUUUGUAAAGUUAAUGGAACAAUUGGGGAUUCAAUGCAGUGAUUUGCUAAGGAGAAGUGACAUCAUGGAUUCUUUAAAAAAUGAGAACUUUGACCUGGUAUUUGUUGAAGCAUUUGACUUCUGUUCUUUCCUCAUUGCUGAGAAGCUUGGGAAGCCAUUUGUGUCAAUUCUUCCCUCCCCAUUUGGCAGUGUGGACCUUGGGCUACCAAACCCGGUGUCUUAUGUUCCGGUAUUCCAUUCCUUGCUAACCGACCACAUGGACUUCUGGGGCAGAGUGAAGAAUUUUCUCAUGUUCUUGGAUUUCUUCUUAAGGCAAUGGCGAAUCCAGUCUACAUUUGAUAACACCAUCAAGGAACAUUUCUCAGAAGACUCUAGACCAGUUUUGUCUCAUCUUCUAAAGAAAGCAGAGCUAUGGUUUGUUAACUCUGACUUUGCCCUUGAAUUUGCUAGGCCCCUGCUUCCCAACACUGUGUAUGUUGGAGGCUUAAUGGCCAGACCUGUUAAACCAGUACCACAAGAAUUUGAGAAUUUCAUCAGCAAGUUUGGAGACUCUGGUUUUGUCCUUGUGGCCAUGGGCUCCAUGGUGGGCACCUAUCAGUCCCAGGAAGUUCUCAUGGAGAUGAACAGUGCCUUUGCUCGUCUCUCCCAAGGGGUGAUAUGGAACUGUAAGCCUUCCAAGUGGCCCAAAGACAUCAAAUUGGCAACAAAUGUGAAAAUCGUGGACUGGCUUCCUCAGAAUGACCUCUUGGGUAAGGACUGACCAGAUCUAUUUUUCUUUUUCUAUUUAUGUCUCUUUAGGGCUCCAUGGGGCAACUCCAUCACCAUGAGAAGGGAUGGUUGGUUGCUAAAGUAAUGUUUAGAGGACAGGAAUGGAGCAGUCAACUGGAGUCCCUGGGAAAUCAGGAUAUACAGCCAAAAUGGUUAAAAGUGCCAUGUUUGCUUCUUCCUUUCUAUUCUAGUCCUGCUAUUUUCAGUCAGAAGUGAUAUUUUUGUCAGGUUAUUUUAACCCUAACAUAUUUGCACUGAAGAAAGUUGUCCAAGUCCAACAAGAGACAGUUUGUGGACUUUGAGAACACACAUCAGGGGUCUUCUUGCCAUUGCUUUUCCUGGGCCCUUGAGAACCUGUUAGGCCACGUGCCAUUACAGACACCCUCCCCUUCCACGUACACACAUAUUAGCACAUUCUCCUAUGUUACAAAAGGUAUAGUCAUACUUUCAAAAAAUUGAUGUUGAUGGUGUCUGAAGGGUGUGCCAAAAUAUCUGACUGUCAAGGCGAGUAACUUGUCAGCCAGUCAUUUGGUCCAUAAAAUUGUCUGGUAACAGUUCCUUACACCCCAAGGUUUUCUUUGUCCUUGUGCCAGUUUUUUCAGCAUCCUAGCUACCACAACAACUGAAUACCUCAGAGGUUCACCCUAAGAUUAUUCACCCCAAGGCUCACAAACAUAUUGGGAACUUAAGAUAGAGUGUUAUGCAUAUUUUUUUUUCACAAGGCAUGGAGUAAAAAGGAUUCUGAUUUUCAAGGAAACACCAAUAGAUUCUGAUGCACAUCCCUGUUGAGAGGCACUGUUUGAGAUGAACUCUUCAUUAUCAACACUUGUUUUGGUUUUCUCUAAAAAAGAGUAGAGUAGCACACGGGAACUGGAAAUACUGAGAUGGGUGGUCCAUCACGCCCUACUUUAGAGGAUAUCUUAUUAAAUUGAGGAGAAAGCACACAGAGUGUAUGUUUGAGGAAUGCCAGGUGAGAUGCGAUGACAAUAAAAGUAUUAAGACUUCAAUAAGAGGAAAAUAAUGGGCAGUGAAGGAGAGAGGGUGAGACGUGGAGAGUGAGAGACAGAAAAGAGACAGAAGGAGACACAAAGAGAGCAGACAUAAGAAAAGCAAAGAGAGAAACAGGGUAGAGAGAAGAAUGGAUGGAUGGAUAGGUGGAUGGAUAGUUGGGAGGAGGAAUAUGCCUUGCUUAACACUGUUCUCUGCAGCUUUCCCUUGGCUCUGAGUCUUAGAUGGAUUGACUUAGAGGAAUCUCUGUACACAGACAAGGCCAGAAUCUUCUAUCUUGGAAUAUGCACCCUUGAGUGUGUUCAAAGCUGGACCAGUAAAUCCAUUUUCUCCACCAUACCUUGAAAUC